AUGCUCAUCCAGAGCAUGACGCUGACCCCCAUGCUCACCACGGCAGCGGCUCCCACGGCCAGCAACAGCCCGUGUCUCAGCCUCAAUCUCAAUCUCAACCUCAACCUCCACACCAGUCUUCAGACCAGCAACUUCCACACCUUCACCUACCAACCACACAACGCAGCCACGCCAGCCUCGGCCUCGGAGCCCUUCCCAACCCUCUCCAACACGUACUCGUUCCCCCGAGUCUCGUCCUCCACCGAUCGCGACUCAGAAUUCAUCGGCGAGAAGCGCCCAGAGACCCACCGUCUCGACACACUCCAGUCCGUCAACCAGGCCCCUCGCCCGUCGCAGGACUUUUACAAUGUCAAGUCCCCCUCCAACAUGCGUGCUGACGCCUCGCGUCUCGACGAUGACCUCGAGUUGCUCCGCGCUGAGCGCUUAAUCUCGCAUCAAGAGCAGGAGCUGGAGAAGACUCGUAGCACUCGGCAGGGUCAUGAACGUCACGACACCCAGCUGGAGGAUGCCUUCAACCCAGCGGCCGCCAACGAGGCCAAGCUUGUCAAGCGCAGGGACGAGACUGCGCCGCUCUACAAGUUCUGGCUGUUCUUGAAGAAGUUUCCCCGCUUCUUCCGGUACUUUGUCUACCUUCUCCCAGGUGCCAUCCUGCUGCUCAUCCCCAUCUUGAUGGCCAUCCUGGCCAUUGACCAGAACGAAAACCCGGUGGGAGGGUAUGGAGGCACGCCUCUGAUGUGGUUUGGAAUAUGGCUUCAGAUUGUCUGGGGCGCCCUCUGGGUUUCGCGCAUGAUUACGAGUCUGCUGCCGCCCCUGUUCCAGUCAAUCGCCCGGGUGACGGGUUCGACCAACCCCAAGAAGUGGAAGGAUGUUGGUCGCCACAUGGAACUGCACACGGCCCUGUUUCUGUGGCUGCUCGCCGUCCUCAUCUCCUUCAAGCCGGUUGUAGCCAACCACAGGGUGCCCGUGCCCGAGGGCCACGAGGACGACGUCGACCGGAACUGGAUCAAUAUUAUCUUCAAGAUCAUCAUUGCAUUCUUUGUGCUGGCCACGCUCAACUUUGUGGAGAAGAUUAUCAUCCAAUGGAUCGCCACUGCCUUCCACGAGCGCACCUACGCCACCCGCAUUGAGAACAACAAAGGCGACAUUCGUCAGCUCGUGGCUCUGUACGACCAUGCCAAGUCCUCUCUGGAGGAGACGGACAGCUUCUGGAAUGAAGGCAGCGGUGGCCAGUCGGUGAACGGCACUCAGACCCCCAUGCAGAACUUCCACGAGAAUGCUCGUCAGGUUCUUGGCAAGGUUGGACAAGUCGCUGGCAAGGUCGGCAAUGAUUUCAUCGGCCGCAAGGUGGACAACAACCAUCCGCGCAAGGUGGUGUCUGAGCUGCUGCGCACAACCGGCUCGGCGCACACCCUCGCUCGCCUCAUCUACCGCAGCCUGGUGCAGCCCGACAAAGAGAUGGUGUUCCUCGACGACGUCCACCGCGCCUUUGCCUCCAAAGAAGAGGCGGAGGCCGCCUUCAAUGUCUUUGACAAGGACCUCAACGGCGACAUCUCCAUGGAAGAGUUCGAGACGGUGACAAAUGAGAUUGGCAUGGAAAAGAAGGCCAUUGCUGCCUCUCUCAAGGAUCUCGACUCGGUCAUUCAGAAGCUCGACAAGGUGUUCCUGUUCAUCAUCAUUGUCGUCACCAUCAUUGUCUUUAUUUCCAUCAUCUCCGGGUCUGCUGCCGCAGGUCUUGCUUCAGCCGGCUCGUCCGUGCUUGGUCUGGCCUGGAUGCUGCAGGCCACAGCACAGGAGUUCCUCCAGUCCAUCAUUUUUGUGUUCGUCAAGCAUCCCUUUGAUGUCGGCGACCGUGUCACUAUCUACGGAUCGACUGGUGCCACCAUGACGGGCGACGAUUAUUACGUCACGGAGAUCUCCUUGCUGUACACCGAGUUCAAGAAGCUGCAAGGCCACGUCGUGCAGGCGCCCAACUCCCUGCUCAACACGCUCUUCAUCCUCAACCAGCGUCGAUCGAACGGUCUCGCCGACCCCAUCCCCCUCACCAUCCGCUUCGGCACGCCUGCGUGGCAGAUUGACGAGCUCAAGGCGCGCAUGCUCGACUUCUGCCUCAACAACAAGCGCGACUACCAGCCGACCAUCCUCAUGGAGCUGUCCAAGAUUGAGGACGUGCGCGCUGCAACGCUCACCGUCGUCUUCAUCCACAAGAGCAACUUCCAGAACGAGCUGCUGCGUCUGGCGCGUCUGAACAAGUUCAUGAUGGAGCUCAUGGCCCAGAUGGCCGACAUUGGCAUCCAGUCACCGUUCCGCAUCGAGCCCGGUGGCAGCCGGGAGCACCCCAUGCACUGGACUGGCCCUCAGCCGCCGCCUUCCUACACGCGGACUGACCAGGGUCAAGAUCAACCCCCCGCGCCGCAAGAGGCCCCGCAGCCCUCCACAUCCAUGCGUCGCCCAUCGGUCACGAGUGGCGGCGGCAGCAUGCGCCACCUCGCUCGGCAGACUACAUCUGCUGAUAUGGCACUGAACAACUUUGGGGAUGUCUUUGAGAAUCGCCGGGAGCACUUCCUCGCCAACCGCCUCGCUUCCAUCCGCGAGAAGACCCAGGCGGAGAAGAAGCUGGAGAGCAAGAAGACUAAGCAAGGCAGCGAGCUCGGCUCCGAGGGCACUCACGGCAGCACAUCGGCCCUCGCGCCCGCAGGCAGCGUCAACUCGCAGUCGCGCAGCCGCAUGUGGCAGCGUCCACGCGGGAACAGCCGCUUCGCGCCGCCGCCGACGGGUGGACAGGGAGACGACCACAUUGUCUGA